AAGAGGAAGCCUUAAACAAUUUAAGUAUGAAAUCUGUGCAGAAGAUAAUCGUACCCUUACAAUCUCACUUCCGGUCCCCACUUAGAAGGUCAUCUACUAUUGCUUCAACCACUGCUUUCCCACAAACGGAUGGCAAUGUUAAAAGUUUCAGUGAACUUCCAGGGCCAACUGGUAUCCAUGAUAUACCAUAUUUAGGAAUGGCUUUGCAUUUUAAACCAUUCACGAAAUACGAAAUAUUGGAUGAUUUUGUCGAGGUUAUGACAUCUUUUCGCGAGAAAUAUGGCGACAUUUUCAAAGUACGAGCUGGUAACAAGCAUGUAUUACAUGUAUGCCAUCCAGAUAUUGCAGACCAAAUCUACAAGCUGCCAUAUAAAGAGAAUCAUCGACACUUCCCUGGUAUGAUAGAAGCUUUCUAUAAAUACAAUGACAUACCACGUGCCUUAAGUAUGAGAAGUGGUAAAGACUGGGCUAAGCUUAGGAUGCCAUCAAACGAACAUCUAUUGAAACCGAAAGCAAUGGCGAAUUUCACUCCACUAAUUGAAAGAGUUGCUAAUGAUUUCUUAGAAAAAAUGAAAAAAGAACUCCAGAUGAAUGAUGCCGUGCGGGAAAUUUCGAAAUACGCAUAUGAAUGCGUUGGUAUAGCAUCAUUUAACAAAAGAUAUGGUUGUUUAAAUGACAGUUCACAGGAUGAAAUGUUAAAUUUAUUAAACACAAUUUUGAAGACAUUACAAACGGCAUAUCUAAUGCCAUUUGACAUAAACCGGUAUUAUAAAACCAAAACAUACAGAGAAUUUGAGCAAACCUUUCUGCAUUUACAAGAAUUCUUAAAGAAAAAUAUGGAAGAACAAAUAUUACGUCUUAAUACAAUGAGAGAUGAAGGAACUUUAAUGGACUACUUACAAAAUGAAUAUAAUUUCCUUUAUGCAAUGUUAUCAGACGGCAAACUGCCUCCUGAGGAAAUUGUUACACUGAUCAGUGACCUUCACACUGGAGCAGUUGAGGGACUAGGCAAUGGAAUUACAUUUGUGUUGUGUGAUUUAGCCCUAAAUCCUGACAAACAAGAGACUCUGUAUGAAGAAAUUACUCAGAUAGCUGGUGACAAGUCAGUGAUAGGAAUCGACGCUCUACAAAAGAUGUCUUAUCUCCAGUCUUGUAUAAAGGAAUCUCAGAGAAUAACAUAUCCUUUUACUGGAAUGUUAAGGAUACCUGAGUCAGACGUUACCAUUGCUGGAUACCGAAUACCAAAAGGGACUAAUAUCAAUAUCAAUCAUAAAAUGAUGAGUUUAGAUGAACGGUUUUUCCCACAACCUACGAAGUUCCUUCCAGAAAGAUGGACGAGAGAUGACAAUACCGAUGUUAUCGAUAAGGGAUACACAAACUUUCCAAAUGUUAUUGUCAAACCUUUCGGAUUUGGAGUAAGGAGCUGUGCAGGAGUAAGAGUAGCAAAACCAGCCAUGAUGCUCUCUGUUGCUAAAAUUAUACAAAAUUUUGAAGUUUCUUUACCGAAUGGAGAAAAGGAAAUUAAGACAACUCGGCUACUGUUUCCUACACCAAAAGUGCCUGUUAAUUUGUGCCUUAAACCCAGACAAUCAAGUUACUCUAAUUAGGACUUAUCCACAUGUUACAUGUAGCUUAUUUCAAACUUUAUGUAUUCCGUUUGCAUUGGAAUACCUGCCUCCUUUAAUAUCUUAAUGAACAUAUGAAUGGUUUGUAACUAUGCUAAUUUGUCUGUUUGUAACUGGACUUCAGAUAUUCUGACAUCGGCAUAUUAUCUUCGUGUUUAGAUUUAUACUGAGAAAAAUUAUUUUCAGUAUUUGGGAAAAGUCUAGAUAAAUCUGGAAUUACACUAAUCAAAUAGAACGAAUCGCCCCUUUUGCAUGCUGAACUUGACAACAAUUAACAAGUGUCCAAUAGAUCUUAGUAUUGGACAUUUUUUAAAUAUAUCUUAUUGGUUGUCUCUAUUUGUUUUGGUCUCUGUCAAUUAUCUCAUUUUUUCACAUGCGUGGAGAGAAAUGGAUAUGCUGUGACUUUUGUUUUCUAUCCAUAUGAACUUUCAUUGAAUUUAUCCAGAUUAUUUCUCUCUUAGUUGAUUCUUGAAUUACUGAUUAUUACACCAAAAAUACUAACAAUGUCAUGAUACACUUUUAAAAACACUUAUUUAUCAUGUGAAAGACCCCAGAAACAACAAUAUAAGCAUAAGCUUGUACUGCACAUUUUACACAGGCACAUUUUGCUCACGUGAUAUUUACCUAGAACGAGCUUAUACGUGAGAUUGAGAUUCACAGUAAUCUCACGUGAAAUAUUUCACGUGCACUUUACCCAAAACAAAAUUGGUAUUUUUCAUGAUUUGAAUUAAAUUCACGUGAAAAAAAAAUCAUUUUUAAUUUGGCAGCUUAAACUUUACACACACACAUAACUGCAAAUAGGCAGUUACAGGAUAAACGCAGUCAACUUUGACCUAUUGAACUUUUAUUUUUGUAUUAUUUGUUUCUGGGACUAAUACAUGAUUUGUUAAUAUAUAUAUCGGUCCCAGUGUAUAUUGAUUAGGUCGGGUAUACAGAGGUUACAGUUAUUAGAAUUAUCACAUUGUUAUUACUACUAAACCAUUUGGAAUUUAUAUGAGACUGGUUGCUUUAAAUGAAUUCUCUGUCGCAUAUCAUGAUAUUUUUAUUUAUGUAGUUUUUAGAAUGCUAAUAAUGUUAUGUUGUUUUGUUAUGAUAUCCAUUGUUAUUUAUUUGUUGUUGUUAUUGUUGUUGUUGUUGAUUGUUGGUAUACAAUUUUGGAAAUCUGAUCCGGUCAUAAACUGGAGCUUGAAAGUUUCGUAUUUCGUUAAGACGACAAGCUGUUGGUUUAUAUGACUUUGUUAUUACCGUGUGGUAAAUGAUUGCAAAAUAAUGUAAAUAGAUUUUUAAAGGGAAAUGUUGGGGCAGAAUUCUUCAUUUUUAGAAAAAGGCUCUAACCGACUCGAAAACACAUGAUGUUCUAUAUCAUUCUAUUAUUGAUAUGAAACUUAAAAAUGUAGAUAAUUUAAUAUUGUUUUAGCGACAGUAAGACCCUUUUAAUUAUAUAAUCAUUACCUAUCUUAUUAUUUUGCUGUUGUAUAUUCAAAAGCAAUAUGCAUUCAUAGAGUUUUACUAGUGAAUGUAAAAUUUAUAAAUCCUCUUUUAAAUCUACUACGUGUAUGAAUUCAUUCAAAUAUGUACGAGGUAAAGAACUGAGGUUUAAAGAAAUAGAAAAUGAAAACUAUAACAUGCAAUAAUAUUUAUCCGGAAGCAAUAUAUACAGCUUCAAAAGUAAGAUUUUUCAGAAUAAUUUAAACAAUCAAGUCUAUUUUGUCCGUGUUUACUUGGUAUCCGGUUGUACAUACAUGUCUUUGUUAAUCAAAAAAGUUUACUACACCCGGUGUAACCUGUUUAAAGAUUUAUACUGAUAUAUAUUUAUUUAUGUAGAAAAAUUUGUUAUUUUUUAUACAUAAAAUAUCGCAAACAAAUAAAAUUUGUUGUUUAAA